AAGAUUGUCCUAUCACCCGAGCAGCGAGCAGUACUUGAUCUCGUCAAGUCCGGACGGAAUGUGUUCUUCACCGGUUCCGCCGGUACAGGAAAGUCUGUUCUUUUGCGGGAGAUUAUCGAGCAUUGCGGCGGUCGUCACUCAAACCCAUUAGCCAUUACUGCCGCCACAGGAAUCGCGUCAGUCAACAUCGGCGGUUGCACGUUACAUUCGUGGGCCGGUAUAGGACUUGGGAAGGAGAGUCAGGAGCAGAUACUCGGAAAGCUCCUAGGUCAAGACAAAUACUUGAGGCACAAGGAGCGGUUUAUGCCUGAUGGGCAACAGAGUCAAAACAGAGUCGUCUCAAGGUGGAAACAAGUCAGAACGCUCAUCAUUGACGAGAGUGAGUACAGAUGCCUACCAAUCUAA